CCAUCACUACAGAGUCUGCACGAGCAGCGCAUGCUCCUGGGUCCAGUCUGAUAGAGACGAGAUGGCGGCAGCAGCGUCUAAGAGGAUGAGCGUCCGACAGAGAGUUCCUGCUAAGAGCGACCGGGACCGGACCAGCCAGGAAGUCAGCACCGGGAAACAGAGAGGAAGAGAUGGACUUAAACAACACCACUGUGACAAAUCCUUCAGAACAUCUGGACAGUCAAAGAAUCAUCGGAGAGUUCACGCUGGAGAGAAACCGUACAGCUGUGACCAGUGUGGGAAGGUUUUCUCUACUUUAAGUAAUCUAAAAAGUCACAAAUAUGUUCACAUGGGGGAGAAACCAUACUGGUGUGAGCAGUGUGGGAAAAAUUUUACCCGAUCAUUGGAGCUAAAAAUUCACAUGCGCACUCACACUGGAGAGAAACCGUACCGGUGUGAACAGCGUGGGAAAACAUUUACUCACAGUAAAACCCUGAAACGGCACCAAUGCGGUCACGCUGCAUCGCUGUAAACAUUUUUCAGAGCCAAGCUAGCUCUUGCCUGCUGCCUCCUCCUCAUGCUGUGUUAUAUUGUGAGCUUCUCUUUAAACUGAGAGAUAGACAACAGUAACUUUAUAUUCUGAGCAGCAUGUGCGUUAAUGUGUUAACUGUUUCUACUGAUGUUAUUAUGAAUUCGUAAACAAGUGUCAAUGAACUGAAUUUUUAUACAUUUUUAAUACACUUCAGAUCUCAAACCUGUAAAAUAAUAUUUAAAACUCACCGUUCAGCUGCUGGCACUAUUCCACUAGCACUGCGAGGAAGAAGUGCUUCCUUACCGUCCAUUAAUCUGCCAAGUGCUCAUAAUAUCACUUGGUAAAUAAAAUGUAGGGACUUUAGGAGCCGUCAGCCCUUCCUCUCUGAUCUCUCUGGGACGUCCCAGAUGACCACUCUCUCUCUGGGGAAGUCGGAUAUGAAACUCAGCAGAAGGACAUAAAUCCUUGAGAUGAGUUUUAUUAACCCAAGUGUAAAUAAAUGUACAGUCACUGGUUCAGUAA